UGCGAGCUGCCUGAAUUGGAGAUCUAAUUGCGGAGAGAGGACGGGCACUGUCUUUGCUGGAAAAACACACUUCCUCCUCGUUCAAUAGGGCUUUUAAAUAGAUGAACUGACGAUAUUUAGCGGAAAUUUGAAACACCCAAAACAAAUGCGCUUUUAUUUUUAGCAUGGGCGGCGUUUCCCGUCUGUGUGCGUCCAGAGGGGAGAACAAGCUUCCAUAAGGGGGAGAGAGAGAGAGAGAGAGAGAGAGAGAGAGAGAGAGAGCUCCGGGCUCUAUGCAAGACUCAGGAAAUAAGUCGACCGCCUGCAUGAGUCCGUUUUCACUGCUGGAGAUUUAACCAGCUAUUAUUUCAAAGUCUCCACUCUCUUUCUGCUAAUGUCACCGGGAUGUGGCGGAGCAUCCGGAGCUAAGUGUUCCCCCGAGCCCGGGCGGUGACUCCCUCUCCUGGGCUGAAGAAGGGCCAGCAGGUCGGGUCAGGCUCGGCUGUUAGAGGACUAAAUGAAAGGGGGUCUUUUGAAGGAACACCCUGCCUAUCUCACCGCCUUGGAUCAAGCACAAUGUGCGGACAAAUCCUGGAUCAAGCCGACCCCUUCACCAUCACUCCAAGUUCCCUAACGAUGGCUGGCUUUAGGUUACUGACUUCUACAUGUGCCGCCUCCCUUUAGGAGAGAGAGAGAGAGAGGCAUAAAAACACUGACCUCCACCUGGGCUCACCGACAUGGAUAAACUCACCGUGAUAUCAGGAUGCCUCUUCCUCGCUGCAGACAUCUUCGCCAUCGCCAGCAUCGCUAACCCGGACUGGAUCAGCACUGGAGAGUCAGCUGGCUCUCUGACUGUGGGUCUGAUCCGGCAGUGCCAGACCAUCCACGGCCGAGACCGGACCUGCAUUCCCCCGCAGCUGCCCCCAGAGUGGAUCACCACGCUCUUCUUCAUCAUCCUGGGCAUCAUCUCCCUCACCGUCACCUGUGGUCUGCUGGUGAUGUCACGCUGGCGCCGCGAGGCCGCCCGAUACGCCCGGUGGAUCGCCUUCACUGGGAUGGUCCUGUUCUGCAUGGCUGCUCUCAUAUUCCCCACAGGCUUCUACAUCAACGAGGUUGGAGGACAGCCAUAUAAGCUACCCAACAACACGGCGGUGGGCUCCUCCUACGUACUCUUCGUUCUGUCCAUAUUCUUCACCAUUGUGGGACUGCUGUUUGCUGGCAAGGUUUGUCUGCCUGGCUGACUUCCUCCUCUUUUUGUAUCUUUGGAGAAACACCAAAGGAAGCAAGUUUUGUAAGAAUCGACUCUUCCAUGGCAGUUUUGGAAGUAUUGUUGAAGAAGAACCAGUGUGUGUUUUCCCUUUGGAUGAACUGUCAUGGGAGCCAAAAUCAUCGCGUUGCAUCUGUUGGUUCUGAGACUGAGCAGGAGCUAUGAAAUGGCCUCCACCAUAGUCCCUCCGGAAGGACGACUGUGAGGUGGUAACAGAAAGGAGAAUAGUAGGAAUAAAUAAAACAUGAAGGAAAUGGAUUCAAGCAUCCAGACUUUCAAAGGAGCGCUGUGGUAUUAUCCGUCAUCCUAAGAUCUGAUGACAGAUAACAAAUAACCCUUGUUCUUCUUAUCCCUUCAACCACGAUGCACAUAGACUGAUGUGUCAGGCCGAAUAGCGGCCAAAGCACCAAAUAUCGACCAGUUACCUCUACUAUGAGGGAGGCUCUUCCUGACUACAGCUACAUGGAACAAUAUGUAAUAAACUCAACGAAGCUCUACUUUCUAGGCACAUUUUAUUUAUUUGUUUAAUUGUUAUGUCUUUUAGUAAAGGCAAAUCUUAGUAAAAGGCCCAAUGUAUCCCAGUGUUUCCACGGCGUUAAUAUGUGUGGUCCAUCACUUUGCCUUAAAAGAUCUGUUAACCUUAGAAAAACUAUAAUACUGUUAAGUGGCUUUGGAUCAACUUAGAUGAAAUGAUUUAGAAUAGAAAUAUUAGACCUGGAAUGUAUAAUGGGCAAUCAUGUGUCUUUCCAAAAUUAUAAUUAUGGGAGUGGAUGUGUUGCUGGACGAUGAGCUGGUCUCUAGGAUGUUGUUGAGCUAAACCAUCCACAGUAUGGAUCAGUGGUGUCAGCAGGUCAAACCUGCUCACCACAAAGCGGUAACUGUCUGUUACACCUUUGUUACUUUAGGUGAUGAUGAAUGUAUCAUUCACAGUUUAGAACAUUUCCUGUUGUUUAAACACUGUAUCAAGAAAUGACUGAAUCUAUGACUAGUUUGUUUUAUAUAUUUGAGACACUGAUCCUGAAUUCAUUUCUGUAUAAAUGAACAGACAGCCGGUCUGUGGCAUUUUCUAGAAACACUGUGAUGUUCACGAAAGAGCAUGGAAAAUCUCAUCUCAUUAAAAAUGAACCAUUGGAACACCAA